AUGUCUAACUCAAGCCAACGCUCCCAACAGAGCUCUCACCGCUGGAGCAUUAGUAACAAACGCUCCCAGCACAAGAACAAUGGCCUCAUGGUCUUGGAUGUGCACAACGUAGCAGUGGUUAACAAGGAUAUAUUUUGUCAAGCACAUGAUAGUAGCAUACAUACAUCUAAGGAACGGUACAGAGAGCACAAUGCACCUUUCAACCCAAGCCAUUGUUGCAAGGAAGCUGUCUCAUUGUCUCCAUUGGCUCAUGAGGUCUGCACGGCUAUGACGCAGUGUGAACGUGUUGAAAGCUAUAUGGACAACUGUCACAAACGUUCAUAUCAACUAUUAAGCUCUGAACAAUCAUCACCAAAAGAUAUUUACUCACCGCCAACUGAGAGAACGUUGUUGUACAUCCCAUGCAACCCACUGUAUACUGCAGGUGACCCAUUGUAUGCCCUAAGCAAUCCACCAUACAGCUUGAUCAACCACAACAGUGAGGAUCCAGUCAAUCCUUUGAAUCAUAGCAUCAGCUAUGAUACAAUGCUGGAUCACUACCUGGUCAACAACAUGGACAACAGCUACAAAGCCCUAGGCAGUCAACUAAGCUUUGAACCUGAUACAGAGUCUAAGCACUUACCUGCAACAGCAAUGGUUAGCUCUCAACGCUUGCCAGACCAGGCUAUAUCAUACAACUGCCAUAACAAAUCAGUUGCAGAGAGUCCAGAUUUAAGCAAGUACGCACCAACAGUUGCAGUACAGCUAGACAAAUGGCUGGUACAGCCUAGAACAUGGCAGCACAAGGAGACUACUAGCUCCCAACACUUGCCAGAACAGGUUACACUGCACAAUAGCUGUAGUUCAUCAGCAACUAGCAGUCCAGAACUAAGGAAGUACUUACCGUAUUUGCCUGAUACCCCCGCGUAUGCAAUUACAGAUAAAGAAAUAGCAGACUAUUUGUUUCAGCCUGCUAGUGCCGGACUUAUCUCUGAGACCCAAUUGGACCCAAAAAUUAGCUGA